GCUGUAUCAAAUCGAAGGCGUGCAUUUCUUGUGCUUGUAAACAGACAUAAACACAUCGCGAUGUGAAAUGAAAUGGGGAUUAAUUUGAUUAUUACUUUACUGUUGUGUUUAAAAGCAGUUUUUCUAGCAAACAUUCACUUCGCCUAGAAUUAUUCUUGACGCAUUCUGAAUGGAACUGAAUGGUCAUCAAACUGACGAUGGAACGUCUGAGGAGACCGAGAAUGAUGAAGUCGUUAAACCGAAGAAGCCGCACCACCAUCAACAGCCUCCAUGGAAGGAAACGCAAAGUAGUGUUAGCUUUUCCGCUACAGCCGCCAACAUGGAGGGCGCAUCGGUAUCGGCCGGGGGAAGUGCCUCAAUCGCGCGGCGGACAUCCAGCUCGACCAUCGCUAGACAAAGGAUCGACUCUCUAAAAAAGAACAGGCCCCCAUUCCCCUGGUUCGGCAUGGACAUUGGCGGGACGCUGGUAAAGCUAGUGUACUUUGAGCCGAAAGACGUGACAGCGGAGGAGGAGCAAGAAGAGGUUGAGAGCCUGCGCAGCAUCCGACACUAUUUGACAUCCCACACGGCUUAUGGAACUACCGGAAUCCGAGAUGUGCACCUGGAGCUGCCGGGGCUGUCACUGUGCGGCCGCACGGGCAGUCUGCACUUCAUCCGAUUCCCCACGCACGACAUGGCCGCCUUCCUACAAAUGGUUCGGGACAAGCACUUUUCCAGCCUACACACCACGCUUUGCGCCACCGGUGGAGGCGCUUUCAAGUUUGAGCAAGACUUUCUCAAGAUGGCAGAUCUAGAGUUGUGCAAGCUGGACGAGCUGGAGUGCCUGAUCCGCGGCGUCCUCCACAUCGACUCGGUGGUGCCCUCCGAGUGCUACUACUUCGAGACUCCCACAGACCUGGAGCACUGUGAGGAGAAGGCUUUCCCCCUGGAGAACCCCUACCCUCUCCUGCUGGUCAACAUCGGCUCGGGAGUCAGCAUCCUGGCUGUCUACUCCAAAGACAAUUACAGGCGUGUCACCGGAACCAGCCUGGGUGGUGGUACGUUCCUGGGCCUGUGCUGCUUGCUGACUGGCUGCAGCACCUUUGAGGAGGCUUUGGAGAUGGCCUCGCUGGGGGAGAGCACACAUGUGGAUAAGCUGGUCAAAGACAUCUACGGGGGGGAUUACGAGAGGUUUGGCCUGCCAGGGUGGGCCGUGGCUUCCAGUUUUGGGAAUAUGAUGAGCAAAGACAAGAGAGAGUCUGUGUCCAAGGAGGAUCUGGCUCGAGCGACCCUGGUCACCAUCACUAACAACAUCGGCUCCAUCACACGCAUGUGUGCUCUCAACGAGAGCAUUGAGAGAGUUGUGUUUGUGGGGAACUUCCUGAGAGUGAACACACUGUCUAUGAAACUGCUGGCUUAUGCCAUGGACUAUUGGAGCAAAGGACAACUGAAGGCUCUUUUCCUGAAACAUGAGGGUUAUUUUGGUGCUGUGGGAGCAUUAUUGGAACUGCUAAACCCGUCCUGAACUUCCUCUUGAGCAUCUCUCUUCACUGCUGAGCACCAAACAUACAUGUAUGUUCGCACACACACACACACAAACACUUACAGUAUAUGUCUUAUAUGUGUGGUCCUUCAUGCUCAGUCACAGAUUUAAACCCACCUGUUAGUCACACCGUGUCUAAUGUGUGCACUAUCCCUUCACACUUAGGCCAGUCCCCGUCUGGGCCCUUUCUCUUCGUCUUCCCUCUGGAACUCUCUGUCAUCAUAAUGCCUUAAUGACAGAAUAGAACAGAACACUCGCUCUGUAGACAGAAUGCUGCACUCGCUGGGGCUCAUUGGUGCCUUUGAGCCCUCAGCUGGACUUCUUAGCCCUGUUUGGGGGUUUGCUGUAUCAUAGUAGCACAUGGUUAAGCCUUAACAAGCCUGAAAGAAGGGGAGACGAGCAGAGAUGCUCAUGCAUCUCAGCAAAUCCAGAAUCCUGGGACGAUGGUUAUUGAGAUCAGGGGAACGUUACGGUGAAAAAUGUCUGUAUGUUGCUAACUUCCUUAGUUAGAAGCAUCGGCUUGUUUACCGUAGACCUGCACCGACAAUCAGACAGAAGACCUUUUCAGGUCUGUUUCAGCUGGAUAGGAGAGCCAAAGAUCUUUGCUUUCUGUUGAAUGUCAAAGAUCUUUGCUUUCUGUUGAAUGUCAAAGAUCUUUGCUUUCUGUUGAAUGUCAAAGAUGUUCUAUGUGUGUGUUUAAUUUCCUUGGCGUCAUCUGGUUGCAUUGGAGUGGCAUGUGGAUCAUCCUUGAAACAGAUGUGUUCUGUUUUUAAGUGUUGCACAGAAAUGAAACACAGAGCAGUUGCUUUUCCAUUGAACUCCAUUUCAGUUGAUGUGGGACCAUACACCAAAACCACACAAGGAAAUUAGGACCUCCCUUACUUAGUGCAUACCGGUAUGCCGGUUCCUCACAGGCUGAUGGAAACUGAAGGGUAAAGGUUUGUUCAACCUUUUGUUGUGUAUAUAAUAUUACAAUUAUAUUGAUAUUGAACUGUGAGGGGGGGGGGGGGGGUUACUCUGAAGUGCCUGUAAGACAGAAAGUCUACAUGCUGAAAAUAGCUGUUUUCUAUGCUGUUACACAAGCUAUGAAGCUUACGCUUACCUGAAAAAAAAUAUUUUUUUACUGUAAAGACUAUUGUUUGGUACUUUACUGUUUUUUUUUUUUGGUUGCAAUAAAAUAUGUUUAAAAUGA